ACCGCUGGGCAUCGCCAGAAUGGCUUUUGGGACCGGCAACGGCGGCUUCCAGGGCUUCGGCACGGCCAAUAAUUCAAACACCUUUGGGAGCGGCGGCGGAUUUGGCUCCAACACGAAUUCAGGUGGCGGCUUUGGUAGCAACACGAACACCAACACGAGUUUCGGCUCCAAACCUUUCGCUUCCGGCGGUGGUCUCUUCGGCGGUGGCGCCUCCACGUCUGGCUCAACCUUCGGUGGUGGAUUUGGCGCAACCGCAAAUAACACUUCGACCGGAUUUGGUGGGGGAAACACCAGUGGCAGUCUUUUCGGUCAGACCAAGACGGGCUUCGGGACUUCAAAUACUGGAUCCACUACUUUGUUUGGUGGGCAGAGCAAUAGCGGUUUCGGGGCCGCCAACACAACAGGUGGCUUCGGUAACUCAGCACCUGGAGGCUUUGGCGUUGGUGCGACUGCAAAUGCUCCAAACAAUGGCACCGCAAGCACUCCUUUCAAUGCCUUCGUAGAGAAGGAUAACUCUGGAUCACAGCACUUCCAGACGAUCACUUUCCAGGCCCCUUACCAACACUAUUCAUUGGAGGAGUUAAGGCUGGUGGACUAUAACCAGGGCCGGCGGUACGGCAACCAGAACGGUCAGGCAGGAGCUUUCGGCCAGAGCACUGGCUUCGGUGGCUUUGGGCAACCUAAUACGAACACUAACACCGGAUUUGGCGCAAACACAAAUACUAGUGGCAGCUUGUUUGGAAACACUGGCACCACGAACUCUCCCUUCGGUCAGAGCAACACCACAGCCUUCGGUGGCAACACCAACACAACGGGCGGUGGUCUCUUCGGGCAGAACAAGCCUGGGGGCAUGUUCGGCUCGACCGCAACAACCCAGCCCGCAUCUGGCGGGUUGUUUGGUACCGCCAACACAUCUAACACGGGAGGAGCCUUUGGUUCUGGCGCGUUCGGUUCGUCAAAUACGGGCGGUGGAAUGUUCGGCCAGCAGAACCAGAGUCAAAACAAGCCGUUCGGGUUCGGAGGUAACACGAAUACAGCCGCCACUUCCAAUCCCUUCGGUUCAACAAACACAACAACGUUUGGACAGUCAGGGAAUACUUCUGGAGGGCUUUUCGGCCAACAAAAUCAAACCUCGGCCGCACCAGCGUUUGGUUCUUCAACGCAGCAAACUGGCAACACUGGAGGCGGUCUCUUUGGCGGCGGCGCUUUCGGUUCAACUCCACAGAACCAGACUCAGAAUCAACCUUCUGGAGGGUUGUUCGGUGGGUUUGGGCAAAAUCAGCAAAAUCAACAGAAGCCCUCGCUCUUCGGAAACACUGCCAAUACUGGGGCAACAGGAGGCCUAUUCGGUCAGAGCAACCAGAACCAGCAACAGGGCGGUCUAUUCAGCAGCACCAAUGCCAACCAAAACCAAGGCUCGAGUCUCUUUGGGCAGAAACCCGCCGCUGCCGGAAGUAGUCUUUUCGGUAGCGCCCCUGCUAACACCGGAAGCACCGGUGGCGGUCUGUUUGGCAGUCUCAACACUCAGAAUACCCAACAGAAUACUGGAGGGAGUUUGUUCGGUGGACAGAACCAGCAGAAGCCAGGUGGACUCUUUGGUGGCUCUACCAACAAUGCCACUGGCGGAGGUGGACUUUUUGGCAGCCUCGGUCAGGGCAACACCAACACCUCUGGUCUCGGCGGAUCGCUCUUCGGUGGCCAGAACCAACAGCAGCAGCCUCAACAGUCGACCAUGAACAACAGCUUAUUCGGCGCCUCAGGGAAUUCACUCCUUCAGACUUCCAUGAAUACUAACCCAUAUGGGAAUGAUGCUUUGUUCGCUGGGCUGUCGACCCCUACCCAGAGCCCCGGCCCGCUCGCGACUCCUCUAUCCAGCAGCCAGAAGACUCGAAAAAGCGCCAUCCUACCACAACACAAGCUCAACCCCUCAGCUUCUACGCGCCUUCUUACCCCUCAGCGGAAGAUUGGCGGGGGUGGCUUCGGAUUCUCCUACUCUACAUACGGGACUCCGAACAGUGCUUCGAGCAAUUCCAGCCCCGGCUUUUCUUCCAACUAUCUUGGUGGAGGUAGUCUGUCUCGAUCCCUUGGGAAGAGCCUCUCCACGAGCAAUCUCCGGAAUAGCUUUACACCCGAGACAAGCAUUCUAGCUCCGGGCGCCUUCUCGACUAACGGUCGGUCUUUUGCCGGUGGCAGCUUGAAGAAGCUUAACAUCAAUCGUUCUAUCAAUACCCGGGUGCCUCUGUUCGAUGACCCAACGCCUGAGACUCGGAAGCGUGUCAGUUUCGCUGGGGCGACCAAUGGCUCUUCUGAGCUGUCCAAUGGUACGGCCAACGGAACUGAAGCCAAUAGUUCGAUGACCGGGCAGCUUAUUCUGCGAGAAGAGCCUGAGACAAUCUCAUCAGCAGAGGGAUCUACUUCACAGUUGUCUUCUACCCCUACCCUUAAUGGCGACGCACCAAAUGGUGUCUCUUCCCGGCCGGAAAUGCUGCAGCAAAUCAAUGGCAAUGAACUCACCCCUGUUCCCGAAAAUGGCGCGCUGACUCAGCGUACGUCAUCCUCAUUGAAUGCUCAGACUGGCUCCAAAUCGGCCGACCCUUCUCCUGGAGCAUAUUACUCCUCUCCGUCCCUGAAUGAGCUUAAGAAGAUGAGCCGGAAGCAACUGGAGAGUGUUCCAAAUUUUGUCGUUGGUCGUCAGAAUAUUGGCAGGAUCGAGUUUAACCAAGGCCAGCCUGUCGAUCUAAGCGGAGUUGACCUGGACAAGCUGUUUGGUGACAUUGUACAACUGACUGCUCGCAAUGCAACGGUCUAUGGCGAGACUGCUUCUGUCCCAAAGCCCGCGUUAGGCACGGGUUUGAACAAGCCGUCUCGAAUUGUCCUCGGGAAUUCCUGGCCUCGCGGUUACCACAGAAGCAAGCGGGAUCCGGACAAGCUGAAGUGCCAGAAGCACAUUGAACGUCUAAAGCGCGUCGCAGGUACUAACUACGAACAGUAUGUCAAAGAAACGGGAGAAUGGAUCUUCACGGUUCCUCACUUUAGUUCAUACGGUCUAAAUUACGACGAUUACACUGAUGACGACGACGAGGACGAAGAGAUGGAGUCAAGCGAGCUCAGCCCUGCUCCAGAUACACCAGCGCCGGCCCAGCUCCAUUCCAGCCAGCUCACUGGAACCCCUCAGGAAGACUCUUUCGUUAGCCCAACACAAUCCAGCCCAGAUGAUACCUUUGACUUCAAGAAGGGUAAGCGCAAGCGAGCCAGUGUUCCAGGAGGAUAUGGGGAUGAGGUAGCUUACGAGGAAGAGGAUGAAGUCGAUGAAAGUAUGAACACCAACGGCGAGUCUUUUUUAGGGGAACGCUCCGUGGGUUCGCUUGAUGGUCAGCAUGACACUGACUACUCUUCGGAGAGCGAAUCCGAAUCGGUUGAAGAUCAGGACAUGGCGGGUUCUGUUUCCGGACCGGUUCAAACCACGGAGCAACCUACCGCCAGGGAAUCCGACCCUUUCAAAGACUCGAUUAAGCCAAAGUCAAUCUUGAAACCCAGUCAACCACAGCGAUCCGUCUUUGGUACUCCCUCCAAGGGUCAGUUAGUCUUCGAUGAUGAUUGGGCAAAUCAACUCCAGCGCACUAUCAGCCCGAAGAAGCAAGAUCGACAGGCCCUUCGAGAGAGUCAAGGCGCUGUUCUUCGUGAAUGUGAAGGAAAUGUCGGAAAUUUGGCAAAAUCUCUCAACGGUCAGACGAUUGCGACGAGUAUUGAUCUCAUGAAUUCUUUAUUUGGCGAAAUGGACAAGCAGAGCAAGGCUCCAUUGAAGCGGAUUGGACAUGGCAUUGAGUUGCCUUACCCGAAACGCCCAAAGACAUCUCACGAUCUCGACGAACUCAGCCAAUACGACAGAGACUUCCAUUCCUGCAACAAACCACACUUUAGUGGGGUGGGGCAACUCACCUACGCGAACAAAGGCCUCCACUCCCUGGAGGGAGGCAUCUAUCCUACCACGCAGGAACCCCUCAUCGGCGCCCAUAAGGACAUUCGAUUCACUAAGUUGCCUACCUUCCCUGAUGCUGCGCCUGCGACCCUUGACACCCAAAAAGAGCAUUCCCAAGUUAUGGAUAUGGAUGGAGUCCCAUCCGCAAAGAUUCAUUACUCAGAACCUUGCUUAGAUUUUGAGGAUUUAGUGAAAUCGGUCUCGAUCGACACACCAGCCGGGAUUCAUGAGCACAAGGCUUGGCGACUUCUUACCCUUCUCUUUGACGACAAUUUCGAGGUGCCAAGCGACAUGACUCGUGAGCAAUUCGAGACGCACAAGGAACGCUAUCGCAAGGACCAACUCGCUCAAUUUUGGGAGGCCCUUGUCUUCCCAGAUAUGAAUGCGCAUGUGGAAGAGGCCAAGACACCAGAAGAGAAAGCUAUAGCAUAUCUGAGUGGUCAUAACAUCGCCGAUGCGUGCCAUGCGCUGCUAAAUGGCUUCAACCUCCGCCUUGCCACCAUGGUGUCUCAGAUCGGUGGCGAUGAAGUUAUGCGACGGGACAUGACCACCCAAAUUGAAGAAUGGCGGCGUUUGGACAUGCUCUCUGAGAUGGAAGAUUCAAUCCGCGCACUAUACGAAUUAGUUGCUGGAAACUGCGGCCGAGCAGAAGGGAAAAUUGGGGGUGGGCGGGAAAACAAAGCAGCCACAUUCAACAUUGCUGGACGGUUUGGCCUCGAUUGGCGGCGCGCUUUCGGCCUCCGUCUUUGGUACGGUAUCCUGGCUGAUGAACCGAUCGAGCUGGCUGUAGCGCAAUUUGCCGACGCUCUCCGUGAGGGCCGCGAAGAUGUCAAGCCUGUGCCUUGGUUUGUUGAGCAGGGCGUUGAUAUGGGUUGGCAUGACCCUGAAGCUGAGGACCGUGAAGAUAUUCUUUGGGGAAUAUUGAAGCUCUAUGCGUCGUCCAAAAUGGAGCUUCCCGCAAAUGUUGAGGAUGUUCUAGCGCCGCAGAAUGUCUCCGGCAACCCUUUGAAUGCCCGAUUGUCGUUCCAACUCUUCCAGAUUUUCAAGUCACGCCUAGACGACCAAGAUGAGCUUGACACCCGAAAAGUUGGCAUGCCAACUGUACGUGAAGGCAAUGGCUUACGCAAGUCUUUUCUCUCGUCCACUGCUUCUUCAGCUGAAAAGGACGUCCAGUCCCAAAAUGCCUUAGCUGAGCUUGGGGACAAUCUCGCUCUCACCUAUGCUGCUUCAUUACACACGCCAGAGCAUUGGACAACGGCUCUCUUCGUCUACGAACAUCUUUCUUCUCCGGCUAUGCGCGAGCAUUACAUCCGUUCUCUUCUGGCGCAGUACUCCAACACCUACUCUCUAGUUGAGUUCGAUACCACCUACAAAUACUUGCAACAAGAACUUCGGGUUCCAGUCACUUGGAUGCAUGCAGCAGCAGCACUUCAAGCUAAAACAGAAGGUGACAAUGUCCGUCAAGUUGUGCACCUCGUCAAAGCUGGCGAAUUGGACGAAGCUCAUGAAGUCUUAUGUCGCUCCGUUGGUCCUGAGUCCAUCAUCUCACGUGAUUACGACGCCUUGCGCGAACUUCUCGGAGACUUUGUCCCGACUCCAGUCAACAGCCCUCUCGAUGACGGUGCUUCCAUGGCAUCCUCAGUCCGUAGUCGCGCUCAUAAGAAAGAACCGGUUCAAGGUUGGAAUCUAGGUGGCCAGAUCUACUUCGACUACAUCCAUUUGUUAGAUUUGACGAACAACCAGUCCAGCUACCGUGUCGAUGAGGAUCUAAUCCAAGAUAUCUGCGAUCUACUAUCCAAGCUACAGCAUGCGCUUGAGAUUGUUGCGCGUGAUAAGCUGACUAGCUGUGGGCUUGAAGAGCGUGUUGCUUUGACAGAGAUUUCGGGUGUGGUUGCUAGUCUAGUGGCUAAGAAUAAGGCUGAUAGAGCCCGUGUGCUGAAGUUGCCGUUGGCCGAAGAUAUCUGGUUGAGACAUACACAGGACUUGAGUGUUGGGUAUUAUCGAGCUGUUAUGGCUGGUGGGAGGUAGAGUCUUGUCUUCUGAGUUUGACUGCUUCCUAAAGCUUGCUUAGCUUAAGUUUUCGCCAGUAUGACAUGCAUGAGACAACUGUGUGCUUCCCUCCCUUUCUUAAGUUAGGUUUUCGCUUCAUGAAAUGUAUUUUCGAGAUUUUUUUUCAACGUAGCCCAAGGGCUGUGGUUUAGAUGUGAGAGUGAUGGGGGGGGUUUCUUUUUUGCUUAUGGUGGACUAAAAUGGUGUGAAGAGAUGAUUAAUUGGUUGCUGGAUGGAUAGAUGAGUGGAAUAGCAUGGAUGGGACUUUAGUAGGAGGAGAGUCGGCGAGGCAAUACAUUGUACAUUAGAUGGCGCAAUUAGGUGUGUGGGUGAUUCAUUAGCUAGUUUAAUAAUUGGUCUUAUUGCAGUAUUGGGUUGAGCGGAUUACAGUGUUGGGUUGUUGUAUUGGAGAUUGAGGUAAAUGAGUGGUUUGCCUCCCUCUAAAGAGCAAUCUUGUAAUUUUAUA